CAACAUAGACCAGCCCAACUGUUUUACCAACACAUAUAGUUACCUCAUUAGCUGAACUAUUGCGUACUUAACUUCAAUCAAUACUGUAGAGUGCUGUGAAGAUAUACGACAGCUUUGGAAGUCGAUUACAUAGACGAAAGGGCAAAGAAAUAACGCAGCUUUUCGUCGUUAUGCAUUAGGUGACAGGCCGCGUAGGUACUGCGUCGCGUAACGUGACGACGACGUCAAGCACUUGUCCUUCCAACUGACUGCAACCUACGAAUGAGGUGCUGAAACUUUUGUCUACUGUCUAACGGAAAUGUUCCCGUCGUGUUUAGUGGCCGUUUUAGCAGGGAUUGCUAGUGAUUGCACGGGUCUCGAAACGUUGCGAAAGCGUUUACUAGAAAAGUGUAGCUAAAAAAAGACAUCGCACCUAAUCCCAGAAGAUAGUUCAUAAAUGAACCAGCUCAUUGGGGAGCCAAGCUCAUGGGUUGAGACCCAAUUUCAGUGUGUAGUAGUAACGAUGAACGUAGUUAUUGUUGAUUGUACUUAAAAAUGAUGUGAUACACUGGGAUACAAGUGACGACGAUGGCAGUAAUUAGUGGCGACCCUGUAAUGAACUGGGGUUUUUCAAGUGGUUUGCCCAAGGGACGAAUUAACAGUCUCAAGACUCAGUGAACGUUGAUAUUGUUUAUUAGCUGUUUGGAUGUUUCUAUCGUUUUCGACGAACAUAACUGAAAGUGGAUAAUGCGCUCGAAUACCAUCAGCGUUAGAUCGGAUCAGACGGAUACCGCUAUACAGACAGAUAACAACAGGACGCGGACUAUGCUCAUGGUUGUUCAGUGUUCUUGGCAGAGGAAAAUGUCGUUAUCUCGUGUCUCUUUGAUGCACUGCUAUUGCUACUGCCACUGCAGCAGCUUGCUGCACCGUAGCUUCACUAUGUGCUGAACAUAUUGGCACACAGAUGAUAUGAUACAGUGAUAUGAGGAUGUACCUGUGGCCUGAUUGGCCGCCGGCGCUUAUAUUCGUCGCGAUCGCAGUGCUGUGGCCGGAUACGGCCACUUCUAGAAGAUCUACUCCCCACGACGGCGACGGCGGCGACGGCGGCGGCAGCGGAGCCAGUGGUGGCUUUGCAUUUAGACCAAAAGAGCACGAUCUGAUUGGACAAUUUGACUUUGUGUCUGAUCGUAACGCGACAAUGUUGACAGCAAUCGUUGCUGAUGCGCAGCCAUUCAAGAAGCCAGCGACGCUGCCCAGGUCCGGACAACAGCUACAAGCCCAGACCGCGCCGAUAUCGACUAUGACAUCUACUAGUAUAUGGCCUAAACAGGCGUCCCGAGGCCAGCGAAGUGUCGAAAAAUCGGCUGGUCUUCGAGGGAAAAUAGUGCUGGCGCCUCAUGAUGGCGCUGGCGGUAGUGAGCAAUUUUCAACACCGCCGAUGGCAACUGUGCAUCGUAAACCUCGGGACUAUCGACACGUCGCUGAGCAAGUUGUCGAACGUCGCUUGCUGAAGCAACUGUAUGGUCAGCAUUUUGCGUGGCAACAGCAACCCGGUAUUGGUAGUGAUAACCUGAGCUGUGGUGCGGCUAAAAGCGCUGCCGUAAGUAGCAACAGUAAAAGACAAUCACAUCAGCAGGAACAGCAUCACUACAGCCAAGAGGCAACAGAAACGCUACACCAUGUUAAUUCUGCGGUCGUUGUCACCGGGGCCGAUCCGAACGGUGGAAAGCGUUCGAAAGCUCUGCACAUGCUAAAUGAAGCUAGUCAGGAAACGACCAGGUCGGCUGCAUUAGCGAAUAACAGACAGCGAGCACUUGUAGGUGCGAAACGUUCGGCAGCUCUGUUGAAAACGAAAACUCAUGCUGAUGAUCAUCGUCAUUAUAGGAACUAUUUACCCAAAUACCAAACCCGACGAAAGGAUCUUCGUGUUUCGUCAGCUGUUGACGUGGCUAAGGUUAGUGGCGAAGUUAUGGCGACCUCUUUGUUUUCUGCCGGACACAAGUCAAUGGCAAAUAGCAUUCGUAACGUUACUUACGAUGACUCGAAACCUGGGAAGGGCCGGGAACGACCAAAUACCACCGAGGACAAGGUUGACAACCCGUUUAUAUCAAACAGCCCAAAAGAGAGCACUAAGAAGGGCGAAGAUUCGGAAAUACACAGUUUGGAAAUUAGUGGGCGGUCGGUCACUACUUCACAAUCUGCUCAUGAAGGACUGGCGAAAUUGGUAACAGUUCUUCGAACUCGCACUAACCGUGAUACCCAUAAGAGUCGUUUGCUAAUAACAGAUCGGUGGCCGUUAGAAACUGUGCGGCUGGAGAUGGCUGGUGCUGGAGGACAGCAGCAGCAUUCGCAAAUGCAACAAUGGAUGAAGAGGGGUCGCGCGACGAGGGGUCAAUUGCGGCAUAGGUCACACGUGUCGGACGCAGGACAGAUUGAUGCGGGCCAAAUACAGUCCGACAUGGGAAUGGACCGAGGUGUUGUUGUUGAAAGGGGACGACGUGUGGCGCAAGCGCAGGCGCAGCUGUCACAGCCUUCAUACGGGUACAGUCAGAAAAAAGGCGUCAAAAAAGGUCAAGCAUCGAUCGUCUUCACGGCCAUCGAGGGCGGAUCGGUAUCCUUGCCAUGCACAGUCACUCCGGGUCCAGAAUGGCGUAGUAGCGGAAGUGACGGCGACGAAGAGAUGGCUCUUGUGCUCUGGUACAAAGACGAUAUUCCGGCUCCGCUAUUCACUAUUGACGCGCGGGAAACGGGCGGUGACCUUCAGUCAGCGCGACAAUCUUCCCUUGAUAUGCUCAAAGAUCGUGCAGUUUUCACUUUUGGUUGGACAUCGUCAACUUCAACUUCGUCAAUAGACGGCUUCGACCAUCGGGAACCACCUUCAACACCGAUCGAGUCGAUGCAUGACGUGCUCACGACUGUGCAACACGCUGGGUCGAAUAGUCAGGGGUCCUCAUCAUCGUCCGUCGCUCAGCUACAGUUGGAACCUGUUCGCGGCUCGGACGAAGGCGAAUACCGCUGUCGAGUUGACUUCAAGCGAGCUCGUUCGAUCAACACCGUUGUAAAUCUACGGGUGAUUGUACCACCUGGAAUGCCAGUGAUAGAGACUACUGCUGGCGUUACACUGCAGGGCGGUUUGGCCGGCCCGUUCAACGAGGGCGAUCCACUAUCGCUACACUGUUACACGAAAGACGUUGGAAGGCCCCGCGCGGCGCUUUUCUGGACGGGUCGCCAGGGGCACGUGAUCGAUGAUUCAUUCACGUUCGACCACCUCGACACGACGCAUAGCGUCGUCCGCAACACUCUCGAGAUCGGUAUACUUCAACGGGAGCAUCUGCUAGCAGGUUUCUCUUGCCAGGCGACAAAUAACAAUAUCACCGAACCGUCAAAGACGUCCAUCACACUCGACCUUAACUUAAAACCUCUAGACAUCAGUAUCCAGCCAGCGCCUCGACCUCUUUCUGUCGGGGUUACCGCCGAGCUCGUCUGUUCCUCGAGUGGAUCCCGACCACCUGCCAUCCUUUCCUGGUGGAAAGGUGACAAACAGCUACAAGCCACGAAGGAGGACUUUCCCAAGGGUGGCCUAAGCACAUCAACGCUAUCAUUUGCUCCGGAGCCCGAAGAUGAUGGAAAGGUGUUAGUUUGUCGCGCUGAAAACCCAGCGAUUGCCAAGGGCGCCACCUACAGCAGACGGAGUGCGGCGGCCCUCAAGCGCAGCUGGACGUUGGACGUACAUUAUACGCCCCGAGUAAGCGUCAGCCUUGGUGGAGGACUUCGGUCGGGCGAAAUACAUGAAGGUCGCGAUGUUUACCUGGAGUGCGACAUCAAAGCCAAUCCUCUUGUCCACGAAAUUCUCUGGCAUUUUAACGGAACCACAGAACUGCAUACGGAUAAGGACAAAGGGAUAAUCAUUAGCGGAUCAUCGUUAGUGCUACAGGCAGUAAACCGAUCACAGCGUGGAUGGUAUACAUGUUCCGCAGCAAAUCGAGAGGGUAUAGCAAGAAGCAAUCGCUUAUUUUUACGAGUCAAAUAUGUUCCACGAUGCCGGAAUCCGUCAGAACGCCGAGUGUACGGCGUCGACAUACACGAAACGGCCCAGAUCUGGUGUGAUCUAGACGCUGACCCCAUCGAGAACAUUCACUUCAGCUGGGCCUUUAAUAACUCCCAGCAGGGGAAGCGUGCUGAUCUCAGCAGUUUAGCUUCGGCCGGCGCACAUCGUGCAUCAAGAGCGAUGAUUAACUACAAACCGUUGACGGAACAAGAUUAUGGUGAACUUGUCUGCUUCGGACGGAAUGAGGUAGGCGAACAGGUCGAGCCUUGCGUGUACCAUAUCGUCGCUGCCGCCAUACCGGAUCCUCCAAGAAACUGUUCACAGGUGAACGCGACCGAAAACGGUUUAACGGUCGAAUGCUCUGAAGGCGCAUGGAACGGUAACGCUAUCGUGCAGUCGCAGCUUUUUUACAUAGCUGAAUUGUAUAGUGUCCGGCAGAAUAGGAACAGCGAUGAUGACAUCAGUGAAAAGAACGAUGAAGGCAGCACGCUUCAAGAGCAGAACCAGCCGUGGCCCAUAUCGAUUGCUAACGUAACAGUUGAUGGUACAAUAGGAAUUAGUACGCCCGUGUUCGUAUUUAGUGAACUUCCGCGUUCGAACGAGAUCAAGCUAUCGGGCGAUGCUGAAGAUCGAGCUGGCGUUGGUCAAAGCUAUCGGGUGCGCCUGUACGCACAGAACCAUAAAGGCCGUAGUGCGGUGAAGACACUCACAGUUCAUCUGUUAAACACCGCGUCCAACUACCAAACAGAACAGUCUACUAGUCACCUGGGAGUAGCGUGGGUCGUUCGACCACUUCUUGGACUUAUGCUCGGGUUGCUCGUUUCCAUCACCACGGGCGGUUUUGCCUUGUUUGCGCUGCUGAAAUGUAACAGCAAGCAACAAUCCCAGCAGAAGCACGGGUCACAUACGGAUGUCAACAAAGGAGCAGUCGCUGCUCCACAAACGAACGCCGGUGGCAAUAAAUCGAUGAUGCUUUCCCUGUUGAAAGGAGAUGCGACAUCGGCUCAAUUUGAAGAUUCGCCGGGGAUCCUACAAUUGCUUCCAGGUGACCAGGUCGAUGCUGUCGCUCCUUCGAUACUAGUGGUUUCCGAUACUAGCCAAGCCAGUGAGCUAUCCGUGCUGGAUUUACGACCGCCCGAUAUUAUUCAACGUCAUCCUGGUACCAUUUCGAAUGACGACGAGAUGUACCUGACAUCCGACGAGAUCACGACUGAUGACGGCGGAUUCUACACCAGAGGCCGAUUCGAAGCAAUGGACAUGUUCUAUCGAUUGACCACACUCCGCAGCGAUCGAGGCGAGUCCGACACAAGCAAAAGAAGCGCACGUCGACUAUCGAUAAACAGCGGAGCUCCUACGAAGACAACGCAGGGAGCGCACAAUAUCGAAGUAUACUCCACACUUGGAAUGCAUCCUCAAGACAAAGCGAAAAACGCUCUACGAAGGCAAGUUAACGGUUCGCUGAGUCCAUCAUUCGAGAUACAACUGCCUACCCACUGUCAGCAGCAACAGUACCAGCAUCAUGUCUUAGUCGAAGUCAAGGACCAUCACUUAGCGACGACAGCCAUUAGCACACCUCAUUCAACGCUACAAGGUGCCGCAGCUCGCGGCGGACCAUGGGCGUUACCCGAAAAGAAUUCAGUUUCAUUGCAACUAACAUCAUCGCCAACUUGUAACAGCGCUUCAGCCAUGUUGCCAUCGAAUUCAUCCCCGAUUGAAGACAUCUACCGCUCACCCGGGACGACGAUCCCGCCCAGUGACAACGGCGUACCUCUGAGUGACAGUGCCGAAGAUAUUACCACAGUUCCCCUUGUAGAAUACGGCCCUUUACCAUCAAUAUCAACGACAGUUGGUGCUAGCAACCGAAUGUUGCAAUCAUACCAGCAGUUUGAAGAACAACAACAAUCGGGCUCGCAUAUGGAUUCAUCACAACAGGCAGCUUUUUCCCCCCUGAUGAUAAAAUCUUCUAGCCAAGAUGGCGACGAUCACUCAGUAGUUGGUCUUGCCAAAGCUCUUAAACAUUCGUUUGACUUUACCACCCAACACCAAUUUCAAAAGACUAACCCAGUCGAAAGCAGCGUCUGACCACGCGCGAGUCAAAAUAUAAAAGGAAGGGAAAAAUAAAAAUAAUUUUGUUUUUGUAUUCUAUAAAGGUACUAUAUUUGCAGGAACAAAGACAGGCCUGCCCUGGAAACCUACGCAGCGAAACAAAGUUAUGAAUGCGAAAGAGAUAUAGCUAUCCUACACAGUCUUGUACGAGACAAAUAAAUGGCGUACGAGUAUUAAUCGCUUAUCACGAGGUGUGUGACUGGAGGUCAAAAACUUCUAAGGUAAUGUAAAUAGUGUGCUAUAUGAAUCUGGGCAGAUAAUGGGAAGACACGUUUCUGAACUUCUUCAUGUGGGACAGGGUUGUUCCUAGUUAAAAGUUGAGAAGUGCAACUGAGAAAGAAUAAAAAAAAGUUCAUAAUAGGAUCAGGUUACGUAUAGCAGUUGAUUUUAUUAAUUCACUAUUAAAUUUCGCCUAGCUAGACGGCUUGCAAAUGGUGCGGAUCAAAUCCUAGGUGAUCUUUGACGAACAAGGUUCCAGUAGUGAAAUCGGUCUAAACCAACCUAACUUCUAUACUAUGUAGUUCUAUACUUCUUAAGUUCUUCUAAGUUGCUCAGAAACGUAUCUUACGUUACCGUUUCUUUGUUUCUACUAGAAUGUUUUAUGGAGUAUUGCCUGUUAUAAUAUACAGUAUCUCUAGUAGUAUAAUAUAUAGUAUAAAUCAAUUGGAUAAUUAUGAGACCGCUUUCGGUUUACCUCAAUGCGGUACGCGACCUCACUAUACAGACCAUGUAAGUCGAUGACCCCCCAUCGACAACCUUUUCGUAGGAACUUUGUAACAGAGCCAUCUCUAAAUGCGUCCACAACUACAAAGCCGUUCGAUGUUUUCUUAGAGACUUUCAUUUUCAAAAAAUUGGAAGUACUCUUAAAAGUUGCAUUAGGCAAAAAAGCCUACUAAAAUGCGCCGUUUUUUGCCUGCCCAAAAGCGAUAAAUAAGCGAUUAUAGGAAGCGUCCGCACUUGUAUAAUUAGGAUGAUAUUUAUAAGGAUCAAACCUACAGAAAAUUCAUUAUUGCAUAUAAAUGUCAGCGUGUGUAUGGCAUGAAUAAAAUGUGUGUCAGUAAUAAUAGAAAAAUCGAUUUAAUGAAGAUUGAUAUAGACCGGUAACUAUGAGAAACUGGCAUUCGUCUAUCCAGCCCAAGAACCGAAUUGUAAGAGCGUCAAAACUGAGAAAAUCUGCAAAUUUUAGAGUAUAACUGAAAAUAAACUCUCUGGCUUGAUGCUGAAAGCGUCAACUUUCUCUGCUAAUAAUAACUAAGUAUCACUGUACAAAGCAUAGACCUAGAACAAGGGAAAAUAUAAAAAAAAAAACAGAGAGACGAUUAUUAUGUGUAUACAUACUAGA